UCGCGGCACGCGCAGAUUGGCAAAGAACGCGAAUCAGAAGCGACAUAAGCAGGUACGGGGUACCUAAUUAGGUACAUAAUAUAAUAAUUAUAGCCACAAAGUAAAUAUUUACAUACGAUGUUGUUCUUAAUAUUAUUGACUGUUUUUGUGAUAUUCCUGGUGUGUUUGUGUUUGUAUCAUCGGUUCAACCGACCGGGAAGACUGAAGGCCCAAUUACCUGGACCAACACACUGGCCGAUUGUUGGAAAUUCCCUUAAUUUGCUUCACUCUCAAGAUAAACUAUUCCACUAUUUAAGAACUUUGAACAAGAAGUAUGGGGACGUUGUUGGGUUCGGUGCUAUGGAUAUUGUCGCCGUUAAUAUUUAUAACCCUAACGACAUCGAGACAAUUCUCUCUUCAACCAAAUUCAUCGAAAAGCAACAGCCGUACACGUUUCUAAAAAGAUGGUUGGGCCAAGGAUUGCUAACCAGUUAUGGUAAAAAAUGGCAAGUGAGAAGAAAGCUCCUCACACCAACAUUCCACUUCAACAUCCUGAGGAAGUUCUUCAGGACCUUCGAAGAAGAGACGAAGAUAUUUCUCGAGAAGAUUGAAGCCGAAGUAGGCAAUGAGCAGACUGAUAUCGUACAACUUGUCAGUAAUAUGACGCUCAGAACUGUGUGCAAAACUGCAAUGGGAACGUCAAUGAAAGAAGACAUACAGUCAAUAUCAACGAAAUAUUUUAAUGCAAUACAGAAUAUCGGGGCUGUUUUAGUAAAACGCACAACGAGAAUAUGGCUUUUUCUAGAUUUUCCCUAUCAGUUCACUAAAGAAGCUCGUGAAGAAAAAAAGGUUUUACAAGAUUUACAUAGCUUCACGAGAGAUGUGAUUCAACAAAGGAAAACAUAUUUGAGGAACAACCCUUCGAUACUAAAUUUGGACAAUGAUGACGACACGAAUAAGAAAGGUCGGCUUGCCAUGUUGGAUUUAUUGAUUCAAAACCAAAAUGAGGGUGGGAUAGACGACGAAGGGAUUAGAGAAGAGGUCGAUACCUUCAUGUUCAGAGGACACGACACAACUGCAAUGGCACUAGUCUUUUUCAUGAUGAGGCUAGCUCAUGAGCCAGAAAUACAGCAAAAAAUAUAUGAAGAAAUGCAAUCAAUGUACGGCGAUUCCGAUCGCCCGCCCACAAUGGAUGACGUAAAAGACAUGAAGUAUUUGGACUGCUGUAUUAAGGAAUCUCUAAGAUUGUAUCCCAGUGUACACUAUAUAGCCAGAUUUGUCAGAGAAGACGUUGAAUUAGGAGGCUACACAAUACCAGCCGAUUCAAUGAUCCAAAUCCAUAUUUAUGACGUCCACCGGCGACCCGACUUGUAUCCCGAUCCUGAGCGCUUCGUACCCGAGAGGUUUCUACCGGAGAAUUGCCUCAACCGACACCCAUACGCGUACAUACCCUUCAGCGCUGGACCUAGGAACUGCAUAGGUCAGAAGUUCGCUAUGCUAGAGAUGAAGACGUUAAUGUCCAGCUUGCUGAGGAAGUAUCGUUUGGAGCCGGUGACCAGACAAUCAGACGUUGUGUUUAUUAGUGAACUCGUAUUGCGUCCCAAAGGACCAAUAUACGUUAAGUUUUGUCCGAGAUAAUAAAUUUUGUAGAUAUGACUAA